AUGGUGGAUUCCUCAUCGUAUGAGAAGAGGAAAGACCCUCACAACGAGCUGAAUAAUCAUGGCCUGCAGCUUGGAAAUGAUGGCUUCGUCGAAUGGAAGCUCGAUGAAAAGCAGCACCCGCGAAAUUGGAUCAUUACGAAGAAGGCAUACAAUGUCGGCCUGGUUUGCUUCUUCGAGUUUUGGAUGACAGCGAUAAGAAGCAUCUUCUGUUCACCCAUCUCCGAAACGUUUGGCCGACGCACGCUCUACAUCGUCGCGAUCACAGUCUAUUGUAUCUUCAGCGCCAUUAUAGCAGCUGUACCUUCAGUCAUUGCGGUAUGCUUCGGACGGUUCUUCACAGGCUUUGCCUCUGCCAUUCCUGCCACCGUCGCCUUCGGCAGCUUCGAAGAUCUGUACGAAAGCGAAACACGGAUUUGGAUAGUCUAUAUCUACACCUUGGCAGGGAACAUGGGCCUGGUAUUGGGACCCAUCUACUCCGCUUACGUGACCACAUACGCUGGAUGGCGUUGGGUCUUCUACAUUUCCACCAUCGUCUCUGGGAUCGGCAUCAUCGCCUCAUUGUUUCUCCACGAGAGUCGUACCAGGUACCUCUUAGAGUUGAAAGUCAAGGCAGUACAGAAGAGGGCUGGCAACAAUGCUCUCCGCAUCGCUGAGAGGCAAAAUAUCACACUACGAUCCUUCGCACAAGAUUGCCUCUUUCGUCCUCUGAAGUUCCUGGCCACCGAGCCUAUCGUUUUCAGCUGCGCCGCCCUGAUGGCCAUAUCCUUUAGCCUCAUCUAUGGGCUCACCGAAGGUCUUAAUGUCGUAUACACAGAAUUGGGCUUCGCUGAGUCCACGACAUCAUCGCUAUCCUUCGUUCCCAUUCUAAUUGGCCUACUGGUAAACGUCCUUCCUCGUAUUUACGACCAGAGAGUUUUCACCCGCUGUCGCAAAAAAAGUUCCCUCCGCCCCGAAGCCAAAGUCAGCUCCUUAGUCACAGCCUGCCCCGCUCUCGCUGUAGGCCUUUGGCUCUUCGCUUGGACCAUACCACCUCUUGUACCGCACGUCCACUGGACAGUGUCCAUGAUCGGGCUGGUGCUAGUCGGCUACGCAACCAACGACCUUUCUUACAUACUUUUUGGCUACCUUACCGACUCGUAUGGACCCUACGCAGCUUCUGCUUGCUCUGCUCUCAGCCUGUCGCGCACGCUCAUGGCUGCCGUAUUUCCGCUAUUUACUUACAGCAUGUACACUAGCUUGGGUGGUAACGUUGCAACAAGCAUCUUCGCAGCUGUUGCAACGAUGGCUUGCGUUACCCCUGUGGUGUUUAUCAAGUAUGGAAGGAAGCUUAGGGAGAUGAGUCAUUUUGCGCAAGCGGAUGGAUGUGAGAAUCAGAGGGACGAGGAGACCCCGUCGAGAAAGGAGGAAGAGAAAGUGGAAAGAGGGCAAAGAGACUCUUCAGCAAGCACUGUCAUUUUGCUUGGUUCGUGA